AUGGUGAACCUCAACCUGGAGCGUGAAAAGCCUCAGGCGUGUUCAGAGACAAAAUGCAAUGAACUGUAUUUGGAAAUCGUAGAAGGACAUGCCAAAGUGCUGAGCUGCCAAUUAAAAACACGCGACUCAGCUAAUCUAACCUGCCGAGCUUUCUUUGGGUACAGCGGAGAUGUCAGUCCUUUAAUUUACUGGAUGAAAGGAGAGAAGUUUAUUGAAGAUCUGGAUGAAAAUCGAGUUUGGGAAAGUGAUAUUAGAAUUCUUAAAGAGCAUCUUGGGGAACAAGAAGUGUCCAUCUCCCUAAUUGUGGACUCAGUGGAAGAAGGUGACUUGGGAAAUUACUCCUGCUAUGUUGAAAAUGGAAACGGACGUCGACAUGCCAGCGUUCUCCUUCAUAAACGAGAACUAAUGUACACAGUUGAACUUGCUGGAGGGCUGGGUGCUAUCCUCCUGUUGCUCGUUUGUUUGGUGACCAUCUACAAGUGUUACAAGAUAGAAAUCAUGCUCUUCUACAGGAAUCAUUUUGGAGCCGAGGAGCUGGAUGGAGAUAACAAAGACUAUGAUGCAUAUUUAUCAUACACCAAAGUGGAUCCUGACCAGUGGAAUCAAGAGACUGGGGAGGAAGAACGUUUUGCCCUGGAAAUCCUACCUGAUAUGCUUGAAAAGCAUUAUGGGUAUAAGCUGUUUAUACCAGAUAGAGAUUUAAUACCAACUGGAACCUAUAUUGAAGAUGUGGCAAGAUGUGUAGAUCAAAGCAAGCGGUUGAUUAUCGUCAUGACCCCAAAUUAUGUAGUUAGAAGAGGCUGGAGUAUCUUUGAACUGGAGACCAGGCUUCGAAACAUGCUUGUGACUGGAGAAAUCAAAGUGAUCCUAAUUGAAUGCAGUGAACUCCGAGGAAUUAUGAACUACCAGGAGGUGGAAGCCCUCAAGCACACCAUCAAGCUCCUGACGGUGAUUAAGUGGCACGGACCAAAAUGCAACAAAUUGAACUCUAAGUUCUGGAAACGUUUACAGUAUGAAAUGCCUUUUAAGCGGAUAGAGCCCAUUACCCAUGAGCAGGCUUUAGAUGUCAGUGAACAAGGGCCUUUCGGGGAGCUGCAGACUGUCUCGGCCAUUUCCAUGGCCGCGGCCACCUCCACCGCUCUCGCUACUGCCCAUCCAGAUCUCCGUUCUACCUUUCACAACACGUACCAUUCGCAAAUGCGUCAGAAACACUACUACCGAAGCUAUGAGUACGACGUACCUCCCACCGGCACCCUGCCUCUGACCUCCAUAGGAAAUCAGCAUACCUACUGCAACAUCCCCAUGACACUCAUCAACGGGCAGCGGCCGCAGACCAAAUCCAGUAGGGAGCAGAACCCAGAUGAAGCCCACACAAACAGUGCAAUCCUGCCGCUGCUGCCAAGGGAGACCAGUAUAUCCAGCGUGAUUUGGUGACAGAAAUGCAAGGGACGACGGCUACGUCCCUUGGCACUUGAGUGAAGUCCGCAGUCCAGUGCCUGGAACUAAAUCCUCGACUGCUGCUGUUAAAAACAAACAAACAAACAAAACAGAACAAACAAGAACAUGCAUUACAAUCUUUAGAACACGAGGAAAAACAGGGUCUUGUAUAUAUGUUUUUUGCAAUUUCUUUGUAGCAUCAGUGUCUUCCCGUUUUACCAUGUCUCUUACCACUACAUUUUUUGACUUUGUUUUAUAUAUCAUUGGAAUUUGUAUAUUUACAUUUUUUUAAAGAAGAGACUGAUGUAUAGAUAGAAAACUCUUUUUUGCUUCAUUAGUUUAGUUUUAGAAAUGGGUUUUUAUUUUCCCUUCUUGAUUUGCUUUGGCUUUUAACAUUUCCUUGGGGUGCUUGGACAAAUCUAUCCGAUGGAACAAGGAGCACCGUAUCCUCUCUCGGGUUCUGCCUCGGAUCAGCAGGACCACAUCCGCCUUCAGCGAGCAGUGCCAACGCCAGCAUUGCCAUUUGGGGAGGGGGGGGAACACCAACCAACCAACAAAAAAAGAUGAGAAGAACCUUGUUCAUUGGAGGGCCGCACCAAUCAGAGCCCCAGAUCUCUUCCUUGCCCCGCCUCUACCCUUCUAAUAGCGGCAUGAUGUGUAAACUUUGUGGAGGGGUGGGGGUGAGUCUAGCUGUCUUAACAUUUAAUUCACUGCUCGUCAGAAUACACUCCAGACCCAAAGGUGUGCUAGUCACUUGACAGGGACCACUACAGAGUGCUAAGAAGCAAAGAUCGAGAGCAUGAAAAUGGGGGGAGAGAGUGUUGUUUCCGUUUUUAAAAUGAG